CUCAAACCAUUCACUCACUCGAACUUCUACGGUACUUUUUUUCUCCAGUUCAUACGGCCCAGCUGGCCGUAUUCUACAGCCGAAACUGGGUCGUUAUUAAUCUACCUCAUACUAAUACAACCCGAACCAUUACAUACCCGAAGACCUUCCCCAGAGUUCUAGCCAAAUGGAGCCCCGCAGAACCCCUCCAGAGUAUUUUCUGGAGAUUUUCGCAGACUCCACGACCGUGAGAGAUGUAUUAAAGGGCAUCCUGAACUUAAUCUUCUUCCACCGAUACUUCCCUUCCAUCCGUCCCACCACCUUCGACGUCCUCGAUUUCACCCUCCCCGCCAUUAGCGACGUCGACCUCGAAACUCUCAUCGACACCCGCGUCUCCUCGCUCGUUCGCCAACACCUUUCUUCCGUCGCUGCGGGCAGCAAUAAUGUGCUCGAUGGUGGGAGUGGCGGCGUGCGCGGUCGGAUAGCCGUCGAAUUCUAUGAGAAGAAGCGAAGGAGGCCCGGGAUGUGGUUUGGGGGGUUGGCGGGGAUGACAGGAAAGGGGGAGGAGGAGGUUUGUUGGGAGAUUUGGACGUUGGAUGUUACUAUUGCUACGCCGAGGACGGAGUCUGAACGCGCAAAAGUUCGCAAAGCCAUGGAGAACAUGCUCCAGAAAGCAGCCUUCAAGAUCCUCGCCGUCGUCAACAGGGAUAAAGAUCAUAUCCCGCCCAUCACGACCAGCGAAUCAAAUCCGUUCCCAUAUCGCAUCGUGCUGAAUCCGCGGAGCGAGAGUUGGCAAAAUCGCAUCGGUAUUGGGUUAUAUUGAUGCGAGGGACUGACGGAUUGAAGUUUUGUUCGAGCGGCCGGCUCAUACAUGCAUGCAUUUACAUACGGCAUACAGCAUCGUCGGUUGGCGACUAUAUCGGGCUACGAUACCCUUACAUCUUACUAUGCAUCAUAUGUUGGUGACUGAAUAUUGCUUUUGUGCUGCGUUGGUGUUGCGGAGUUUCGCGGUUUUGUAAGGAUUUCUAGGGAACUGUACAAUAUAUCUUACUUUAAUAUAACCUUUGAAAAUAAGACGUUCAG